AGUAGCCAGAUAUGCAUUCGUGUGCGUAUCCGUACCGUUCUUCUUACGCUGUUUCUGGAUCUCCCUUGAGAGGAUAUCAUUCGUUGGCGCGACAUGACGAUAAUGUGUUUCCAUCGCUGUCAGCAGCAAGACCGUCGUCAACCAGGUGCCGGCGGCUGUCAACUGCGACAGGAGAAUGCCGCUUAAAAAGUAGCGGUAGUGAUGGUCAAAAAUCACCAUCGUUUGGAUCAGGUUCUCCGGAUGGAGCAUCGCAUAUGGACUGUUCGUUAGAGUAUUUGGCAGAUCUUGUGAAAGAGAAGAAAGACCUCGAAAUGUUUGGCGAUAAUUUCCAACAUGUGGAUCGUCUACUUAGCGAGGAGAUAUCUCGAGUGCGGGGUGCGCUGUUCCAAACAGAAUUCGUAACAGAGCCAUUCGAUUUACCCGAACCAGUUGGUGAUGUGGUGACAAUAACCGAAAAAAUCUACGUGCCGAAAAGAGAGUAUCCAGAUUAUAACUUUGUCGGACGAAUACUUGGACCUCGCGGUAUGACAGCCAAACAGCUUGAACAGGAAACUGGUUGCAAGAUCAUGGUCAGAGGCAAAGGCUCAAUGCGUGACAAAAGAAAGGAAGAAGCAAAUCGCGGAAAACCAAACUGGGAGCAUCUGGACGAUGAGCUGCAUGUUCUGCUGCAAUGUGAAGACACUGAAAAUAGAGCUAGAAUAAAGCUGCACGCGGCCAUGGAGCACGUGAAGAAACUACUAGUACCGGCGCCGGAGGGAACUGACGAACUAAAAAGGAAACAGCUAAUGGAGCUCGCAAUUAUUAACGGAACAUAUCGACCGUUUCAUAAAUCUGGACUAUCCAACUCGAAUAGAAUUCUAACUCCAGUACCACUUGUAUCACCAAUCCGUGCUCCUAUCUUCGUUUCUCCGACAACCAGUCCUAAUACUAAACCUGCCAAUCCAGGAUACAUUGGAGCAGCUGCGCAACAACCUUUUGAUUACUCUUCGUUUAUGAAUCCCAACUUCCUUGAAUCAGCUUUGGCUUCUUUCCAAAUUGCUAACGAGCUGCAUCUUCCUACAUUCCCGACAGCCACAUCCUUAGUAAAUUCAUUCCCCUCGCUCUUCAUGAAUACGUCUUCGAACGCAGCCACAACACAAGACACUUCCACCACAGCUCCUUCUGUUAGUCCAACCAAGUGUUUUUGAUACACAUCCUCAUUGCACUGACCUUUCAUACUAGAUUUUCUUUUUUUUCUUGGUUUUGUGUUUUCGUUGAUUUUGGAUUUUUCUUUUGUAUGUGAGCAUGCAAUUCAUCUAUCGCUGCCUGUACAGUUAACAGAAUGGCCGACUUUUAUAACAAAUUUCUAGGAAUUAUUGCAUGUUACAUUGAGUUUGUUUGCGCUUUCCAUUACCAUAUCAUAAAGACUCUCACAUAGGCUUUCUUUUGAGACUAGCAUUCAAGCAAAUAAAGCAGCUGUACUUUCCACGCUCUAAGUUCGCACAGGAAACUUGAGUGAAUCACCAUUAA